AUGGGCUCAACCAACAUAACCUAUUCUCCUACCACUGAGGCCCAACGUAUCCUAGGCUUCUUGUGUAAACAAUCGCAAGCCCUAAAUCUACCGGACGCGGUAGUCGAGAAUCAGGAUGCAGUCUCUUUCCAUUCGACUACCGACUCAAUCUAUUUCCCCAUCCCGUUCAAGGAGACAGAGACUCUGGCCGCGUUGAAGGCGGUGGAAGGCUUGGUAGCGGGAGAGAUUGCGAAUCUUCGAUAUGGAGAUUUGUCUCAGAAAAGAAGAUCCGUCGAGGUUAGCUUGGAGGCAGCUACGUAUUUCGCCUGUCAGGCGUAUAUGGCCAAAGUCGGUGGUCUUGGGAAGUUGGAUCCCGGUGUUAAGGCGAAACUCAAAGAUACCGAUCUCUUAGCUGCUCAAUCAAAUGGAUAUCGAAGAAUGUCUGCCAACCUUUACAAGACCAAGGAUGAACAAUUCUUCCACAUUCACGGCUCCUUAGAGGCUACUACGACACUCAACAUGAUAGGCCUGGAAGGGCAUAGACCAGAUUUGACUGAUUAUCAGGAGAUCAUCAAGGCUAUCGAAGGGCGAGUGCAGACAUUCACGGCCGCAGAACUGGAAUCUAUGAAUGCGGAAAGGCGACAGGCCGGUGUGACGGCGUAUAAAUACGAAGAUUUCAUCCAAACACCCCAUGGACAAACCAACGUAAAAGAGUCACCAUGGAGCGUCACCCCCUUAAAAGGCAACGUACCCCCUACCAAAUUCCCCUCCUCACCAGAAGGCAACCACAAAAUCCUCAAAGGUAUCAAAGUCCUCGAACUCUGCCGCAUCAUCGCCGGACCAACCAUAACCCGCAUCCUCGCCGAAUACGGCGCAGAUGUCCUCAAAAUCACCAGCCCAAAUCUAAGUGACGUGCCAUUUUUCCAAGUUGAUGGAAACAUGGCCAAACAUGCGGCUGAUUUGGAUUUGAAGACUGUUGAAGGAAGAGUCAAGUUUGAGAAGUUGUUGGCAGAUGUCGAUGUAUUUGUGGAUGGAUAUCGACCCGGUGCUUUGGAAAAACUGGGAUAUGGACCCGAGAAAUUGGCUGAAUUGGCGGAGAAACGAGGAAAGGGGAUUGUCUACGUCAAUGAGAAUUGUUUUGGGUACAAGGGGGAAUGGGCAGGUCGGCCGGGAUGGCAGCAGAUUGCAGACUGUGUAACCGGCGUGGCAUGGGCACAGGGACAAUUCAUGGGCCUCAACACACCCGUCGUCCCUCCCUUCCCCAUCUCGGAUUAUGGAACAGGCUGCAUGGGCGCCAUCGCCGCGUUGACGGGGCUCUACCACCGCGCCAAAACAGGAGGAUCCUACCACUGCACAUCCUCACUUAUGCAAUACGAUCUUUUACUGUUUGCAAUCGGACAGUAUUCCGCGGAGAUACAGGAGCAGCUACGAAGGGAACAAUUACCCGAAUUUUUUGCGCUGCGACACCAUGAUAGCGUCGACAGGAUAUCGGCGACGACGUUGCAUAUGCUUCGAAAACGGUUUCCGGACUUGUUCAUCACUGAUCCUGCGAGAUCGUCGCCGUAUACGGAGAAGUGGUUCUCGGAGAAGUACGGUGACGAAAUUGAAGUUGUGAAACCCGUGACGAAGAUUGAGGGUGUAGAUAAUGGGUUUGUUCGUGCCAGUCGGCCGAAUGGGAGUGAUAGACCUGUUUGGGAAGAUUUUGAGGUUGAUGACAAGGAUUAUCGAGUUUAG